CGCUCUCUCUCUUCUCUUUGCACAGUGAGCUGCAUCAAUGGCGAAAUCGAUGAGAACUCUCAAAAACCCUUUCUUUGCAUCACAUCCGCCAUCUCCGUUCCUCCAUUUCUCUCUCCUCUUCUUCACUCCCCCGAAGAAAUCAAGUCCCCGAUACCUAAACCACCAUCGCCAAACUCGAUGCCCACCUCCACAGUUCUUCCUUCUUCUCAUCUCACUUUCUCUCGUUUUCUCGGGAAUCUCGUUCCUCACAACAUCGUCCUUAGACCGUGCGUCGUCAACUUGCGUCUCUUCAUCUUCCACUUCCUCUCUCAAAUACUUCAUCUCCGACGUCGACGACCACCAUCAGAUGUUGACUUCACUCGCCGUAUCCGGAGCUUCCGCAUUGAUUCCGUUACCGACGAGAGGAGGACAUUCCGGGAACAUGACGGAGGAAGAGAGAGAGUUUUGGAUGCAGCCCAAUGGUGAAGGAUACAAGCCUUGUUUGGAUUUUAGUUUGGAUUACAGGAAGAAAUCGUUUAGGGUUUCUAAAGAGAAGAAACGAUUCCUUGUUGUUGUUGUCUCUGGUGGACUUAAUCAGCAACGGAAUCAGAUCGUUGAUGCUGUUGUCAUCGCUAUGAUUCUUGAAGCUGUUCUUGUUGUUCCUGUUUUGCAGGUGAAUCGAGUUUGGGGAGACGAAAGUGAGUUCUCAGACAUUUUCGAUGUAGAGCACUUCAAGAAGACGCUGAGAUCUGAUGUGCGUAUUGUUUCUUCUCUACCUUCAACGCAUCUUAUGUCUAGACAAACAAUUGAGAAUCAGAUCCCUUGGGAUGUUUCUCCGGUUUGGAUCCGUGCUAAAUACUUCAAACAGUUGAAUGAAGAAGGGCUUUUGGUGUUGAAAGGCUUAGACUCAAGGCUAGCUAAGAAUCUCCCUCCUGAUCUUCAGAAACUUCGAUGCAAGGUUGCUUUCAAUGCACUGAGAUUCGCAGCACCGAUUGAGGAUCUGGGGAACAAGCUCGCGAGAAGAAUGUGGAUUGAAGGUCCAUAUAUAGCUCUCCAUUUAAGGCUAGAGAAAGAUGUGUGGGUAAGAACUGGUUGUCUGACUGGUUUAGGCUCAGAAUUCGAUCGAAUCAUAGCAGAGACCCGAAUGACUCAGCCUCGAUACCUCACUGGUAGACUAAACAUGACCUAUACAGAGCGUAGACUUGCUGGUUUUUGUCCUCUCAAUGCAUAUGAGAUUGCAAGGUUAUUGAAGGCCUUGGGAGCACCUAGGAAUGCAUCGAUAUAUAUUGCAGGAGGAGAGCCAUUUGGUGGCUCAAGAGCAUUAGAGCCACUCGCUAAAGAGUUCUCUAAUUUGGUGACAAAGGAAACAUUGGCGCAUAAAGGCGAGCUCUUGCCUUACACCAAUAGAUCCUCAGCUUUAGCAGCUAUAGACUACAUCGUAUCACUUAGCAGCGAUGUUUUUCUUCCUUCCCAUGGAGGAAACAUGGCAAAAGCUAUGCAGGGAAACAGAGCUUAUGCAGGACACAGGAAGUUUAUAAUGCCUAAUAAGAGAGCAAUGCUUCCUUUGAUGGAGAAUUCUUCGGUUUCGGAAUCUGAGUUCAGUUUUGUAAUCCGGAAGCUUCACCGUAAAAGUCAAGGCCAUCCUGAGUCACGGAGAGGGAGGAGAGAUCGUGACGUGAUAGCUUAUCCCGUCCCGGAGUGUAUGUGCCGCCAUGGAAAACACAGGUCUGUUCUCUAAGUCAGGCUCGUUGCGCCUCUCAAGGCUUACUAGUAACUGUCACAAAACAUAGGUUAGGUCCGUCCAGCUCAGGUACCUUGCUCCUCAAGGCUACACCUGUCACAGAAUUGUCCAGCUGCAUCCACUCGUCGUUAGACACGUGUAUAUAUAAGUCUACAGUAUAACGUACAUAAUAGAAGACUUUCAUUCAUUCAUUCUUUUUUAAAUAAAAGUGACUCGUGCGGACAAUGAUUAAACGAGACACGUGUAGACUUCAUGGCUUAU